AUGCGAACGGAUGAGCAAUGGAAAGCGGUGAGAUCUCUGUUGGGGCCAGGAUUCACCGGACGUCGCAUGAAAAAUACGGUCGACAUGUUCUUAGAAUGCGCUAAGAACUUGACGAAGAUGCUGAAGCGUGACGGGGAAGAGGGGAAGAAAGGUCUUGAUCUCUCCAGGUAUUUCUCCAGCUUCGCAUUUGACGUUUUUGCCUCAUACGGCUUUGGCUUGGAGGUUUCGUCCAUGGAAGAUGCUGAGAACCCAUUCGUGAAAAUGGCAAACCGCAUCUUCUGCACCGAGAGUUUCAACAACCCUUUGAUCACAAUCGCGUUGGCAUUCCCAGAAAUUGCGAGUUACGUGGACAUGUUCCCGCCGGAUGUGAAUGACUUCUUCGUCAACACCAUCAAGGACAUCAUCGACAUUCGGAAACAGAAUCUGGACGCUGGUACAAGGAAGGAUUACAUAGACCUAAUCCUUCAGGCUAUCGAGAAGUUGACAGGGAAUGAAGAAUACAAGCAGAUUGGAAUAACGCCAAAAUUGCUUCGGGAGCAGUUGAUUUUUUUUUUCAUUGUCGGCUAUGACUCGGUGAAAACGGCAAUGAGUUCCACCUCCUACUACUUCGCCCUCCACCCAGAUAUCCAAUCUCAAGUGAGAAUGGAGAUCCUGGAUGCCAUCAAGGAAACGGACGGAGAGAUCCGACACGAAACCUUGUCAAAAUUGCCUCUUUUCGAUGCCUGCAUCGCCGAAUCCAUGCGACUCAUUUGUCCGCUCAAUCGCCUCGAAAGGGUUGCUAAACUUGACUUUCAUUACAAGAACAUCGUCAUCCCCAAGGGUGCCGUGAUCCAGAUACCUCUGUAUGCUCUUCAUCGUGAACCAGAGGAAUUCCCGGACCCUGAAGAAUGGAAACCUGAACGAUUUCUGGAGGGGAACAAAACCCACGAUCCCUAUGCAUAUCUUCCCUUCGGUAGCGGUCCACGCAUAUGCAUUGGACAGAGGCUCUCGCAAGAGAUCGUCCAUUACGCCAUGGUCCACAUUCUGAGGGAGAUGGAGAUAGUGAGAACGCCGGAGACCCCAGAGAAGCCGGAAUUCCACCCUGGUUACCGAGUCGCCAUUCAACCGAUUAACAUCGUCCUCGGCUUCCGGCCUCUCCAUUAAUUAUACCUAUUCACUUCAUGAAGGGCUUUUCCUCAUCCCUUGUGACUCCACCAAUUCGCAAUAACCAUCUUACCACUUACCUUUAUUCCCUCUUACCAAUGUUUAUCACCCAUUCAUCGAGAAUUUAACUUUUUUAUGCAGUCUCCCAGUACUCCAAAUUUGGAUUUCAAACUCACCCUUGGCUCUCAAAAAUCAAUGAUUUGAGGCAUUGAAUUUAGCAUUGUCAGUAAGGAAGAAGAGUACGAGGACACCCUAAAGGAGUUUGCCAGUGGAAGACUUCAUACACGAGGAUGUUUUAAAAAGUAACAACUAUUCCUGUCUGAGCUGUCAAUGUGAGCCUAUCCCUAGGAAACCGUACGUUGUGCGCAAGAGCAGAUCAAUUUCGCUGCGCACUUUAGUCAGGGCGAAUGUCGCUGGUGGACCCCAAAUCAACCUGGCCUGUAUGCUCCCUGUGUGUACUAUGGAAGUGAAGCCGUUUGUUAUCCGUUUCUGUGGGCAAAAGGUGUUAAAUCGGCGGAUAUUCAGAAACGAAUGUUAGCUCAGCAUGGUGUAUAGUUUAUGACAACGAAAAAUGUAUGAAUGUAUAGAACGGUUCCGAAAUGGACGAAAGAAUCUUAAUGGCAAUCGAUCAGGACGUCCAAGCAUGACAGCUUUUCCUUGCAAAAUGUCCAUCCCCUAUCUACCUGGUCAAACACCCAGGUGGAUAGGGGGUGGGUCUGGAAGAAGGUGUACGUCCCCCCAAUGGAAAUCCACCUAUCCAUUCACUUGCAUGUAUUUUGAGCCAGGUUGAUUUCCCUCACCUUCCAGUUAAACCAGUGGAUAUUCAGAAACAAAUGUUUCGGAAUAUCCACUGGUUCAACACUAUUUGCCCACAAAAACGGAUAACAGACGGCUUCUCUUCCUUGGUACACCCUAGGAGCAUACUCGCCAAUUUGAUCUGGGAUCCACUAACACCACCA